CGACCUAGGACAAACUCUCCCAGUCCUUACUUCCGCUUCCUCCAAGUACUGAGUUGGGGCCUCCCCCGUUUUUCGAGCAGAGGUGGCAGCCAGUGCCCUGCGAUGUUUGGCCUCAAGAGAAACGCGGUAAUCGGACUCAACCUCUACUGUGGGGGUGCUGGGCUGGGGGCCGGUAGCGGCGGCGCCACCACCCCUCCGCGAGGGCGGCUUCUGGCCGCGGAGGAGGCCUCGGCCCGGCGAGAGGUAGGGGGAGGGGAAGCCGGUGCGGUGAUUGGCGGCAGCGCAGGCGCGAGCCCCCCGGCCGCCCUGGCGCAGGACGCCCGAAGGGUCGCGCGGCCGGCGCCCAUUGGCGCCGAGAUCCCCGACGUCACUGCGACCCCUGCGAGGCUGCUGUUCUUCGCGCCCACCCGCCGUGCGUCGACGCCUAAGGAGAUGGAAGCCCCGGCCUCCGACGCCAUCAUGUCGCCCGAAGAGGAGCUGGACGGCUACGAGCCGGAGCCUCUCGGGAAGCGGCCGGCUGUCCUACCCUUGCUGGAGUUGGUCGGGGAGGCCACUAAGAGCCCCAGCGCGGACGGGUCACUGCCCUCAACGCCACCCCCAGCAGAGGAGGAGGAGGACGAAUUGUACCGGCAGUCGCUAGAGAUUAUCUGCCGGUACCUUCGCGAGCAGGCCACCGGCGCCAAGGACGCCAAGCCAAUGGGCGGGUCUGGGGCGGCCAGCAGGAAGGCGCUGGAGACCCUGCGACGGGUCGGCGACGGGGUGCAGCGCAACCACGAGACGGCCUUCCAAGGCAUGCUUCGGAAACUGGACAUCAAAAAUGAGGACGAUGUCAAAUCUUUGUCUCGAGUGAUGAUCCAUGUUUUCAGUGACGGCGUAACAAACUGGGGCAGGAUUGUGACUCUAAUUUCUUUUGGUGCCUUUGUGGCCAAACACUUGAAGAGCAUAAACCAAGAAAGCUGCAUUGAACCAUUAGCAGAAAGUAUCACAGACGUUCUCGUAAGGACAAAACGGGACUGGCUAGUCAAACAAAGAGGCUGGGAUGGGUUUGUGGAGUUCUUCCAUGUAGAGGACCUAGAAGGUGGCAUCAGAAAUGUGCUGCUGGCUUUUGCAGGUGUUGCUGGAGUAGGAGCUGGUUUGGCAUAUCUAAUAAGAUAGCCUUGUAAGUGCAAUAGUUGACUCUUAAACAACUCCAGCCACCAGAACCAUAUACAUCUGUGAAAUCAAAUGUAUUUAUGAACUUGGACUUCAAGCUGACAAGGCUGUAACCUCCAAGAAUUCCACUCUAGCAACUAGCCAGAAAGCAAGUGGCAAGAGGAUUAUGGCUAACAAGAAUAAAUACACAGGAAAAGU